GCCGGAAGUUGGACUUCGCCUGCGGUGGGAAGGCGGCUACCAAAGUAAACGCAGAGCUGAGGUUCUUGAUCUUCUACAAUGGGUGAGCCACAGCAAGUGAGUGCCCUUCCACCACCUCCGAUGCAGUACAUCAAGGAGUAUACGGAUGAAAAUAUUCAGGAAGGCUUAGCUCCCAAGCCUCCACCUCCAAUAAAAGACAGUUAUAUGAUGUUUGGCAACCAGUUCCAGUGUGAUGAUCUUAUCAUCCGCCCUUUAGAAAGUCAGGGCAUCGAACGGCUUCAUCCUAUGCAGUUUGAUCACAAGAAAGAACUGAGAAAACUCAAUAUGUCUAUCCUUAUUAAUUUCUUAGACCUCUUAGAUAUCUUGAUAAGGAGCCCUGGGAGUAUAAAACGAGAAGAGAAGCUAGAAGAUCUUAAGCUGCUUUUUGUACAUGUGCAUCAUCUCAUAAAUGAAUACCGACCUCACCAAGCAAGAGAGACCCUGAGGGUCAUGAUGGAGGUGCAGAAACGUCAACGCCUUGAAACAGCUGAGAGGUUUCAAAAGCAUCUGGAAAGAGUCAUUGAGAUGAUUCAAAAUUGCUUGGCUUCUUUGCCUGAUGAUUUGCCCCAUUCUGAAACAGGGAUACGAGUAAAAACUGAACCAAUGGAUGCUGAUGAUAGCAAUAGUUGUACUGGACAGAAUGAACAACAAAGAGAAAAUUCAGGUCAUCGGAAAGAUCAGAUUAUAGAGAAAGAUGCUGCGUUGUGUGUUCUAAUUGAUGAAAUGAAUGAAAGACCAUGAAGAAAUUUUUGUUGUUUUUCUUUUUUUCCUUUCAAUAAAUAGCGUCAUAUAUUAGUUCAUUUGCUCUUGGAGAGUCUUAAAAAAGAUAUAAUUAGGAGUUAUGUAAAUGGCUUUACUCUCCAACUUUAUCAAUUAUGAGAUGUCACAGGCAGUAAUUUCACUUUAUGGCAAGCAUAGGCAAAUGAGUAUGACUACAUUAAAAGGAGUCAAUUUAAAAAGCAAAGAGCUGCUGUUGUGUGGAACAUUCCUGUUUCUGGAGUUGCACUAAACAUUGAAGAUAAUCCUCA